GUUUUCUGUAUUUGGAUCUGGCACCAAGAUGAGGAAUGUAUUCAGAUCAUAAAAAGUAGACUCGAGCAACAGGCUCUACUUCAUGGUGUAGUAUAUGGUCGCUUUAAAACUCCAACGAUCGUUGUGAAUUUUUUUUCACAUGGCCAUUUCUUCUCGAUUCAAAGGAGGGAGCAAAUAUCUCAUAGAUUGCAAGGAAUUUUAAUUCAAUGAGGGUUUUAGAAUUGAAGGCAAACAUUUAAUUCAUUCUUUGCGCUAUUGGAGAGAUCCACCAGUGACAUUGCAAAUGCUCCAUAGACACUUGAGUUCAGUUCCAGGAAAGGGUUGGUGACAGGAAGCCUUUAGCAACACUGAGCCCACUAAUUAGAUAUACCCAGAAUUACUGAUUACAGAAAAAAAACCCACCAGUGUGGCACCUACAGGCAAGAAACUCAAAAAAGUUCAUGAAAAUCUUAUAGAUGCAUUCGCUUUGAAGAAAUAGUAGGAAAAAAAGGAACCGAUUUAUCUGUUUUCGGAGUUUGAUCGAAAAAUUGAGCUUGUCUCUAACCUUUUGUUUUGUAAGAAGUUGUUUAUUAUAUCACACAAUUUUGCUAAACAGAGGCGGUGUGUGGGUGGUGCCUUGGAUGAAGGUAGAGAUGACCUUUAGAUUAUGAUAAGAAAAACAAGAGGAGUACGGCAAGAAACCAUGUUUUUUUACCGAGGUUUGUGUAAGGUCAUUGCCUAGGGUACAUAAGGUUAAUGGGUGCAUUCCGGUAUCACGAUUAGAAGUGAGCGAUAGGCUGUGAUGUUUUGGGUCACUACCCACCAUAUGUGCGAUUAUAUAUGCUUCAAGUAUUUACUGAGUGGUGUAUUGUUGAAUUGCUUUGACUUUUUCAAGUUUAAUGAAUUCAAAUCAACUUUUUUUAACCAUAGGUUGGCUCAGUACUCUCCUCUCACAGUCAGUAUGUCUACAAUUAGGAAUAGAGAGUGCUUUAAGCGCAAGUAAAUUCACCAAUGCACUUUAAUAUGGUCUAACAAACCAAUGAUAAUCCUUUUUUCUGUGUCAAGAUGUCAUGUCUUCUGUUAUCACAUUUCAUUUUCCGAUUUCUUGUUUAAUUUUACGUUGUCGUUAUUCUCUUUCCUGUUGCUGUCUGAUAGUCAAUUAUCUUUAAGAGGGUAAGUGACAAAAUAUCUCGCAGCUUUUUUUUACAGUCCACCUUUCCAAUGCGGUUCCAUUCGAUUGAGUUAGGACCAAUUCAUUUGAUAUAUCUUCCAUGAACUGUGGCUCGUAAUGAGGGAUAUCGUACCAGUUUUGCAUUAUUCCAUCGAUUAGGUCUUUUGUCAAAUAUUCUGUUUUCGUUGGUUUCCUGGAAACCCAUGAUAGGAACAUUUCUAUAACAAGCAAGUUUACGUUUUUA